AUGCCAAGUCAGACAAGAAAAAGCCAUUUUCGAACAAUACAAAAGUUCAAGACGGACUACGCCCCCGUCUCUAUCUCUCAAUAUGUUUCUGAGAGAACAGGCAUGCAUGUGGUGGUAGCAGACCAGAAAGGACCCAAAGUCCAAGGCUAUUUUGCAUUGGCUACCGAGAUCUUCGAUGACUCCGGAUCUCCGCACACUCUAGAGCAUCUUGUUUUUAUGGGUUCCAAAAGCUAUCAAUACAAAGGAUUGCUUGACAAGUUAGCAUCACGUGCCUAUUCCAACACAAACGCAUGGACGGCAACAGAUCAUACAGCUUACACAUUAGAUACCGCAGGAUGGGAAGGUUUCGCACAGAUAUUACCCGUAUAUUUAGAGCAUGUCAUUCUACCAACUUUGACUGAUGCCGGGUGUUAUACCGAGGUUCAUCAUAUUGAUGGAGAAGGUAACGAUGCAGGUGUGGUUUAUUCAGAGAUGCAAGGCGUUCAAAAUACAGGUGGAGAAAUCAUGGAUAUUAGAGCUAGACGACUGCUGUAUCCGGAAAAUGUUGGUUUCCGUUAUGAGACUGGUGGAUUGAUGCCCAAUCUGAGGGUGUUGACUGCGGAUCGAAUCCGAGAGUUUCACAAAGAAAUGUAUCAGCCGAAGAAUUUGUGUCUGGUCCUCGUGGGUGAGGUGGACGAGGAAAACCUACUUCAAAUCUUAGAUGAUUUCGAGGACACUAUCAUUAACGACAUCCCACCACCAAGUGCACCAUUCAAGCGACCCUGGGUCGAGUCUGCACAACCUCCUGCUAUCGCAAAGACUAUUGUUGAAACUAUAGAGUUUCCUGAAGAGGAUGAAUCUAUGGGAGACAUUCUCAUUGCAAUGUUUGGUCCUGACUGUAAUUCCGCUAUUGAAACAGCUGCUCUUACUGUGCUGCUCACCUAUCUAGCCGGCUCGUCCGUCUCUGUCCUGGAGAACAUCAUGGUCGAGAAAGAAGAGCUUGCAAGCGCUAUCUAUCAGAAUUGGGACGCCAGGCCGAAUUCAGUAAUCUGGAUCCAGCCAUCCGGUGUUGCAACUGACAAGCUGGCACAUGUUGAGCAGCGUCUUUUUGAGAUCCUACGCGAAGUCAACUCCAAGCCUUUAGAUAUGAAAUAUAUGUCGGACUGCAUUGGUAGAGAAAAGCGACGAAUCAAAUCUCAGGCUGAAAGUUCCAGCAGUUUCUACGCCGAUGGCAUUAUCAAUGACUUUCUGUUCGGCAAGAGGGAUGGCUCUACACUCAAGGACAUGGGAACUCUAAGCGAAUUCGAUUCGUUGGAGAAAUGGUCAGAUGAGAAAUGGAGGGAAUUUAUGAGAAAAUGGAUCACGGAUGCUCCUCACAUCUCUCUACUUGGCACACCAUCCAAAAGCAUGUCCGAAAAGAUCAAGGCCGAUGAAGAGGCGCGUCUUGCUGCACGACGAAAAGAGCUUGGGCCUGAAGGCCUCGCGAAGUUGGCCGAGAAGCUCAAGGAUGCUAUAGCGAAGAAUGAAGUAGAGAUUCCUAACUCGCUCUUGCAGAAAUGGCCUGUUCCUGGGGUAGAAUCUAUUCAUUUCAUUGAGUCCAUCACCGCAAGAUCUGGACAGGCAAAGAAAUUGGGAGCCCCAUCCAACAGAAUUCAGCAGGUAGUCGACAAGCAGGCCUCAGAUGUCCCAUUGUUUCUUCAGUUCGAGCACGUACCUAGCAACUUUGUUAACAUCAUCGUACUCCUAGGAACUUCACAGGUUGCCACAGAGCAUCGGCCACUUCUACCGCUGUUUCUUGACAAUUUCUUCAAUACCCCAAUCAUGAAAGAUGGAAAGAAGAUCGACUUCGAGACCGUAGUUACGCAGUUGGAGCAAGACACCGUCAGCUAUUCCAUGAAUGGUGGUGGUCGCAUUGGAGAUGCAGAAGGUCUCGCAAUCCAAUUCCAAGUUGAACCCGAGAAAUAUGCCGCCGCUAUCGAGUGGAUCCGUACAAUGAUGUUCGAUAGUCUGUUUGACGAGACGAGACUCAAAGCUGGUAUCGCGAAGAUUCUUGCUGAUAUCCCAGAAGAGAAGCGGAGCGGAAAUAGCAUGAUGUAUGCGGUUGAUUCGAUGAUUCAUGGUGACAAGGACUCGAACAUCGUGGCUCGCGGAACUCUCGUUAAAGCCGUAUACAUGAAAAGACUCAAGAAUCUUCUGGCAAACGAACCUGCCACGGUUAUUGGCUGGCUUGAAGCACUCCGAAAAUCUCUCUUCACGUUUGAGAGCAUGCGUACUCUGGUCAUUGCCGACAUCGAAAAACUCCCAAACCCAGUUCAAGCAUGGAAGCCCCUCAUCGCUGGUCUUGACACAACCAAAGAACUCCUCCCCCUAGUAAAAGGCAAAGACCGUCUCAGCCCCGACGGAAAGAACCCAGGUAAUUACGGUGCAGUAAUCGUCCCAAUGCCAACAAUCGACUCUUCAUUCCUCAUCUCCUCCGCAAAAGGACCCGACGAUUACAACGACCCCCGUCUGCCCGCCCUUAUGGUCGCCAUCUCCUUCCUCGACUCCGUCGAAGGUCCCGUCUGGACCGCCGUCCGUGGCACCGGUCUCGCCUACGGCGCCAACUUCCGCAAAGACACCGACGCCGGCCACGUAUCUUUCAGCAUCUACCGCUCUCCGGACGUGCAUCGUGCGUUCAUCGCCGGCAAGAAGAUCCUCGAAUCCUACAUUGACGGAACCGCGAAAUUCGAAGACCAUGCUCUUGAGGGCGCGGUCAGUCAGAUUGUUUGUAAUCUGGCGGAUGAACAGGCUACGAUGUCACGGGCGGGACAGUUUCAUUUCGUUAAUGGCGUUGUGAAGGGCGUGGAUGAUGAGUAUGAUACGAGGAUGUUGAAGAGGGUCAGGGAGGUGAAGGUUGAGGAGAUUAAAGGGGCGAUGAGGGAGAUUCUGCUGCCGCUUUUCAAAGCGGGGUCGGCGAAUUUGGUUGCUACUGUUGCGCCUAUUAUGAAGGAGAACAUGGUCAAGGGAUUCACGGAACUUGGGUUCAAGACUCAGGUCAAGCCUCUUUCGGCGUUUAAGGAGAGUUAUGGUCUUGAGGGAGAGGAGGGGGAAGAUGAGGGGGAUGAUGAUGAGGAGGGGAGUGAUGAUGGGGGAAGUGGUAGUGAUGAGGAGAUGAGUGAGGAGGAUUAG